UGCAGGAAUUUGUUACUGUGCCUGGUAAAAACUAGUACAGGAGCAGACUGAAAGAAACAUUUUGAUAUAAUGACUGACUUUGUUGUGGAGAAUAAAUAUGUGGUGGAAAGACCAAUUUAUUCUGAAGACUCCUUCAGCGCAGAUCAUGAAAUAGUGGACAGGCGCCAUACAACUGUUUUAGACCACUUUAAGCGAAUAUGUGGGUGUUCAGCACAAAAAGCAAAGGGAAUUGCGUUAACAUGUUUGCCAAUUGCAUCCUGGCUACCUCCGUAUGCUUUUAAGGAAUGGAUUCUAAGCGAUAUCAUCUCGGGUGUUACCACAGGACUUGUGGCUGUGCUUCAAGGUUUGGCAUAUGCCCUCCUAACCAAUGUAUCUCCUGGAUAUGGACUAUACGCAGCUUUUUUUCCAAUUCUGGUCUAUUUUUUCCUUGGAACUUCUAAGCAUCUGUCUGCUGGUCCUUUCCCUGUAACAUGUCUAAUGGUUGGUUCGGUUGUGCUUACUCUGGUCCCUGGUGACACCUCAAGCACUAGCAAUUCUACAGUUGUUAAUUCUACUUCUGAAGAAGCAUUGAAUAAUCAGAGAAUAGUUGUUGCAGCAUCUUUAACAUUUCUUGUUGGGAUUGUUCAGCUGGUGAUGGGAGUUCUGAGAAUUGGCUUCAUAGUCAUAUAUCUAUCAGAGCCUUUAAUUAAUGGAUUUACCACUGCUGCUGCUAUUGAUGUUGUGGUGUCACAGCUGAAAUAUAUUUUUGGCCUUACAGUUCCUGCAUUUAAUGGACCCCUCGCCUUAUUUUAUACAUUGAAGAGCAUAUUUGAUCAGCUAAGGAUUACAAAUAUUGCUGAUCUCGUUAUAUCAAUUAUAGUCAUGGUCUUUGUUUAUGGCUUCAAAGAAAUCAAUGAUCGGUUCAAGUCAAAAUUGCCUGUGCCAAUUCCUAUUGAAAUCAUAAUGACUGUCAUUGCAACUGGUGUGUCAUAUGCAUUUGAUUUUAAACAUAGAUUUGCUGUAAAUACUGUAGGAACAAUCCAAAGAGGAUUUGACCCUCCAGUUGCACCAGAUGUUGGGAUUUUCCAGUCUAGUGUUGCCAAUUCUAUCUCUAUUGCAAUUGUUGGAUUUGCUGUGGCAUUCUCUGUUGCCCAAGUUUAUGCAAUCAAGCAUAAUUACACUAUCGAUGCCAACCAGGAACUAAUAGCAUUUGGACUAAGUAACAUAGUAUGUGGUGCAUUUAAAGGAUUUGUUGCCAGUACAUCUUUAGCUCGGUCUUCGGUACAAGAAAGUACAGGAGGCAAAACUCAGAUUGCUGGGAUCAUAUCAGCCUUAAUUGUUUUGAUAGUGACUUUGGCUCUUGGGUAUCUUUUGGAGACAUUACCAAAGGCUGUCCUGGCCGCUAUUAUUAUCAUAAACUUGAAAGGAAUGCUAAUGAAGUUUAAUGAAAUUCCUAUUCUCUUUCAAAUGGAUAAAUAUGAUUGUUUUGUAUGGGUAUUGACGUUUAUAUCUUCAGUGAUUCUUGGACUGGAUCUUGGCCUUGCAGUUGGUGUAGGAGUUGAGCUUCUAACAGUCGUAUUUCGAGUGCAGUUCCCCAAAUUUACAGUGAUUGCCAAUGUCGAAGGAACAGACAUUUAUAAAAACAGGAAAGAUUACAGUGAUAUUUAUGAACCUGAUGGACUGAGGAUUUUCAGAUGCCCAGCUCCAAUUUUUUUUGGUAACAAUGAUUUAUUCAAAGAGAAACUUAUAACUGCUGCUGGUUUUAAUCCAUUAUGGGUUCUACGUAAGCGAAAUAAGGCUCUAAGAAAAAUCAAGAAGCUGUUGAGUAAAGGGGAACUGCAAAUGACUACAAAAGGGUUGGUCCUCGCUUCAGAAGACUAUAACGAUACUGACGAUGAAGAGCUAAACAAUAACAGAUUAGAAGAGCUGGAUCAGCCUAUAAAUACUUCUGAACUACCUAUUGAAAUUGAUUGGAAUGCAAAUCUUCCAGAUAUCAUCAAGGUUCCCAAAGUUAACAUUCACAGUUUGAUUCUUGAUUUUGCCACUGUGUCAUUCAUCGAUGUGUCUGGGAUGAAGGUUCUUAAAGCAAUUCUAAAGGAAUUUAUGAAGAUUGGAGUAGAUGUUUACAUUGGGGCUGCUGAUAGUCAAAUCUUGGAGAAGUUAAAAAACAGCAAAUUUUUUGAUGCUGAUCUUAAAACAUCUAUAUUCUUUCUUACCGUCCAUGAUGCUGUUUUACAUGUGCUAGAAAAGAGAGGCUUGGGAAUGCAAUCACAAGAGAAGCUAGAGAAGGAGGCAGAAACACUACUCUAUGAAAGUGGAAUUAUCUAUGACAGAGAGCCUACACCCGUAGCACAUGAAACAAAGUUCUAAGAAUGAAUGAUACCAGAAUCAUCUUAUUUAUGCAAAGUAUACUGGUUAAUCAUUCACCAAGGCUCAUCUUUACUCUAGAAUACUAACAAAAGAACAUGACUGAACAUGAAGAACGUGAAAGAAGUGACUCAAGCAUAUGUACUUUUAUUAUUGUAGUGCUAGAAUGUGUUAUGCAGAACACAAUAUAAAAUGCUCUAGCCAAAUUGCUAUUGUAAAUGUGUUUUUGCUUAAAGGAACUCUAUAUUGUCAGGACUUCAAACAUAUAUUCCUGACACUACCGUGCCUGAGUGUCUGUUUAGGUCCCCCACCCUCCAAAGAUUGCUCUGGAAAGGGGAGUUUACUCAACUUUUUUCCCCAUGCACCCGGCCUGCUGUGCCUCCAUGUUCUCAGCCAAUCCAAUGCUUUUUAAGGUAAGAAUUAGCAUUAGUAAGCUAUUGCAUAUGCGUGGCAAAAUGCUGUGUUGCGCCAAUUAACAUAUCCUCAUAGAGAUGAAAUGAAUCAAUGCAUCUCUAUGGGCAAUGUUCAACGCAUCCAUGCACACUAUGCAGCACUGACACAGGAAGCACCUCUAGUUACUUUCUGAGUGACUGCCACUAGAUGUAUUACUAGGCACCAAUGGAAACACUGACUUUUCUCUGAAAAGGCAGCAUUUAUAAUAAAAAGCCUGCAGGGACAGACUGUAGAUACCAGAACCACUACAUUAAGCUUGUUCUGGUAACUAUAGUGUUCUAUAAAUGUUUUAUCUUUUGAAAUCAAUUUGACUUCAUUUAAAUGAGCACUAUAGUGUCAGGAACACAAAAUGUAUUCCUGGCACUCUAGUUCUAAAACCACCAUUUAGGUAAUCAUCCCCCUUACCUCUGGUGACAA